UCAUUUGACAGCUCUCGCUCAGUAGAGAGACCAUGGCCAGUUCCAAUUCGAGACCGUGGAUUUGCACGCGCAACCACCACGAAGAACGCUGCCUGGCCGAUCAGAGACGGAGCUGUCAGCAGGGCCGCCACUGCUCCGGCGGCGAUAUAUCGGGAGGGAAAGCGAGGCUGUUGAAGCUCGAUGGCGGGGUUGGGCUGGGAGUGGCGGGGAGGAGGAGGAGCGAGAAGAAAGGGACGGCGGCGGGGGUGGCGGCAUCGUCCAGGUGCCGGUGGGACGAGGUCGGGGGUGACGGGUACAGAUAUGGAAUUACGGCGGAACAGAGGACGUUCGUGGACGGCAUCCGGGAGGCUCAGCCCUACGUUCACGCCCACAGAGGGAGGACCUUCAUUGUCAUCCUCUCCGGCGAGAUCGUCGCCGGCGGUUGCUUGGACUCCAUCCUCAAGGACAUUGCGCUCCUUCAUGGCUUGGGGAUUAGGUUUGUUCUUGUUCCGGGGACACACGUGCAGAUUGAUAAACUCCUGAAGGAGAGAGACCAUGAGCCUAAAUAUGUUGGAAGAUACAGAAUAACAGACAACAAAGCUCUGGAAGCAGCUAUGGAAGCAGCUGGAGGGACUCGUUUAAUGAUAGAGGCUAAACUAUCUCCGGGACCCCCAAUUUUUAGUAUGCGCCGUCAUGGGGAUAGUAGCCGUUUGCAUGAAGUGGGUGUAAGUGUUGCAAGUGGCAACUUUCUUGCAGCCAAACGAAGAGGAGUUGUUGACGGUGUUGAUUAUGGGGCAACGGGUGAAGUAAAGAAAGUGGAUGUUUCUCGCAUUCGCGAGAGGCUUGAUGGUGGAUGUAUAGUUAUAUUAAGCAACCUGGGCUAUUCCAGCUCUGGAGAAGUUCUGAAUUGCAACACUUAUGAAGUUGCUACAGCUUGUGCUCUAGCUAUUGGUGCAGAGAAACUUAUUUGCAUCAUAGAUGGUCAAAUCCUCGAUGAAAAUGGACGCCUUAUCAGAUUUUUAACCCUUGACGAAGCAGACACGUUGAUCAGAAAACGAGCUAAGCAAAGUGAAACAGCGGCUAACUAUGUGGAAGCUGUUAGUCAAGGUGAUGCAUUUGGCACCUGCCUUGGAAGCAAUAACUGUAAUGGAGCUGCUCCGCCGUAUAAUGGAAGUAGGGCACUUUCACAUAAUGGAAAGGGUUUCCUUGAGAAAGGGAAUGCUACCUUUCAAAACGGUGUUGGUUUCGACAAUGGAAAUGGUCUUUGGGAAAGUGAACAAGGUUUUGCUAUUGGAGGUUUGGAACGUCAAAGUCGGUUCGAUUACCUGGCAGAAUUGGUUGUUGCUGCUUUGGUUUGCAGGCGUGGAGUUCAGAGGGUUCAUUUGGUAGAUGGCACCUUAGGUGGGGCUUUGCUGCUGGAACUCUUUCAGAGAGAUGGAAUUGGUACUAUGGUGGCUAGUGAUCUGUACGAGGGGACCAGAAUGGCGAGGGAAACGGACCUUUCUGGAAUAAGACAGAUAAUAAAACCUCUAGAAGAUUCUGGCACAUUGGUCAAGAGGACUGAUCAAGAGCUACUUGGAGCAUUGGAUUCGUUCAUUGUGGUAGAGAGAGAAGGUCAGAUCAUAGCUUGCGCUGCUCUUUUCCCUUUCUUUGAAGAGAAGUGUGGGGAGGUUGCCGCAAUUGCAGUUUCUCCUGACUGCCGUGGACAAGGACAAGGAGAUAAAUUACUUGAUUAUAUUGAAAAGAAAGCAUCCUCUCUUGGGUUGGAGAUGCUUUUCUUGCUCACAACCCGUACUGCAGAUUGGUUUGUGAGGCGUGGCUUCUCGCAGUGCUCCAUUGAUCUGAUACCGGAGAAGAGAAGGAAAAGGAUCAAUCUGUCUCGCAACUCUAAGUACUACAUGAAGAAGCUGUCACCCAACACAAGCGGAAUUACGGUUCUCAAUUGAAUGUUGUCUCGCUGGAGGUUUGCUGUAGUAAUAGGACGAAGAUGCUCAUCAGGUAUGUAGCCAUUCAAAUCGCUGCGUUUCCACGAUUGGGCAAAACCGGAGUCCUAUUCCACCUGUAGCUAAUAUUUCUCCACUUGUAAUGGAGCGCAUUAGGCAGUAAACGUAAUUAGCAAUUGCACAACUUAAUUAUUAAUUAAUUAAA